AUCUCUCAGAGAGAGACCCUGCCUUCACUUCACUGGUUCUCAGAAGGACCUUCCAACAGAACCACCAUGAAGUUCCCUGUCAUCACGCUGGCCUUGCUAGCAUUUGUAGGUAAGUGAAGGAUUUGCCUCAGGCUGGAGGGAAUUCCUGAAUUCUUUUCGGGGGGGGCGACCUCUUCAGUUUGCCCCAUCCUUGGGGGUCUGAGGCACAAUGGUCAAAAGAUACAUUGUUUACCAGAAGGUUCGUUGUUCGAGUCUGCCCAGGGAUGGCUGGCUGGAUUCGAACGCAGGGCAGGAUUCCUGCAUCGCAGGGGAUUGGACUGGAUGACCCCCGGGGUCCCUUCCAAUGCAAUGAUUCUGCGAUCAUUUGUUUGUUUUUUAAUCUGACUGGCCCAACACCUCCUGAGAGCCAGUAUGGUGUAGUGGUUAAGAGUGGUGGACUUGUAAUCUGGGGAACCGGGUUCGAUUCCCCGCUCCUCCACAUGCAGCUGCUGGGUGACCUUGGGCCAGUCACACUUCUUUGAAGUCUCUCAGCCCCACUCACCUCACAGAGUGUUUGUUGUGGGGGAGGAAGGGAAAGGAGAUUGUUAGCCGCUUUGAGACUCCUUAAAGGGAGUGAAAGGCGGGAUAUCAAAUCCAAACUCCUCCUCCUCCUCCUCCUCCUCCUGACUGGCUCUCAAUUCAGGUAUGACCCAAAAUGGUCCACAUCAGGAGUCGAUGGACCACCAGUGGUCUGUGAGCUUCAUUCAGGUGGUCCGCGCCUUAGAUAGUCAUAUUGAUUUUUAAUUGAAUUUGUUUCGCGUCUUUUAUGUCUUGGGUGACCAGCCGCUGUCUCUCAGUAUAAUCCACCUCACAGAGUUGUAGGGGGGUUAAAAUGGGGAGCAAGAGAACCAGGUAUGCCACCUGGAUCUCCUUGGAUCUCCUUGGAGGAAAAAUGUAAUAUAAAUGUAAUAAAUAAAUAAAUAAGAAGAAAUAAAUAAAAAAAGAACAUAAGAAAAGCCUGCAGGAUCAGGCCAAUGGCCCAUCUAGGCCAGUUCUCACAGUGGUCAACCAGACGACUAUGGAAAACCUAGAAACAGUAUACAGUGAUACCUUGUUUUGAGUCCAGAAUCCGUUCCAGAGCCCCGGAUGCUCGACGAAAGGGACGCUCGACAAAGCACCGCUCUGCACAUGCGCGUGGAGCCGUUUGCGCUUCUGCGCAUGCUCAAAGUGCGAUUUAGCACUUCUGUGCAUGCGCAAACGGCAAACCCGGAAGUAACCCGUUCCAGUACUUCCGGACUUUGCCGCGGACGUUCGCCGAAAUGGACGGUCGAGGGGGCGGACGUUUGUAGAGGCAUUACUGUAGAGACUUCAAAUCCUAACGUAAUAAAACACAACAUAAGAAAUAAAAGAAGCAAUUAGAAUACAACUAAGAACCAUACAGGUAGAAAAAUCAUUAAGUAGUAUGACACAAUCCACAGCAAUUUCCAAGCUUUUUGGGGGGGGUGGAGUUCUCUGGUCCAGAGGUUAUAUUUUCUUGUUUUCUAGUUUGUUAAUGGUUGCUAGGAGUUGUAACUCUGUGAAGGGUAAACUACAGUGCCCAGAAUCCUUCGGUGCGGAGGUGUGUGUGUGUGUGUGUGUGCUUCAAAUGUGUUUAAAAGGUAGCGUACACCGCCAAUGUAGCAAGCUUUUGCAUUGCACCGAACAAUUCCUGUCUCAAGAAUUCCAUCCAACUAUGAACUUUGCCGACAUCCAUUCCCACAGUACACCAGUAGAAGUAAUCAGGCUUGGAAAGGGGUGAGAAGAACACUUAUUUGUUCUCUCAAAUCCCUUGCUCCAAGAAGCUCAUGACACCAUACACGAGGCAAUUCCUUCAGGUUGAUUUCCUUUUAUCCUCACAACACCCUUGCAAGGUAGUAUAGGCCAAGAAAUUGCGACUAGGUGAGGGUCAGUCAAUGAGCUUCAUAGCCAAGUGAGGGAUUUGAAUCCAGGCCUCUCUAAUCCAUCCUGCUUUCCAAGUUCAGCCUUUCCCAACCUGGUGCCCUUCAGAGGUUUUAGACUACAAUUUGCAUCGGCCUCCCCAUUUCUCCCAUUGUUUUGGAUAUAUUGUAAUACUCCAAUAAUUUGGUAAGCCACUCUGUUUUUGUUGGUAUAAUACCAAAUGGGAAGGAUCUCAAAAGAGAAGAUCGACAGGGACUGGAAAGUGUUUAAAGGAUACUUGCAAAACCAUAUCGAAAAAUCAGAACUCCAAUUAGAAUAAACAAGUUCCGUUUUAAAUACUGAAAUACUAAAUAAGAUGGAUAACAAUGUGUAAUAGAAAAAGGAGCGUGAAAUUAGGUUAAAGGUGUGUGAAAGAAAGUAACAUAAGUGGAAAGAAAUUGCAAUCGAGUAGAUUGGAAGUCUAACACAAUGGUGGGGUGAUGGGUGGUGGAUGGUGAUGGGAAAAGGAAUUAUCUGUGGGAUUGAGUGUAGGUAUGUUUGAACAUUUUUAAGGAUGUUUGUAUGCUUGUAUAUUCGCAAUAUGUGUGUAUUAAUGCUGAAUUAUUUUAAUAAUAAAAACUUUUUAAAAAAAUUGCAUCGGCCUCAGCCCUUGGGGGUGAAACUGUGCCUCCUAAGACAUUUGUUUUGCAAAACAAUGGUUUGGUUCGCAUGUGGUUGUAACACUCUUCCCUCUGAGCUCCACCUUCAGCCACAGAUACAGCUGUUCAGAUUUGCUUUUGUCUUCCAGGAUCCCAGGCGUAUGUCCUCCGAGAUGAGCCGUAUCCUCACCUGGCCCGGUUAAACAUGGAGCUUCAGGAAUACCUGAGAAACGUCACCAGGGUAGUUGAUGAAAAAAUAGAGGUGAUCAGAAGGUCGGAGCUUGGACAGUCAGUGAUGUAAGCGAUUCAAGCCAAUAUUUUCACACCAAGUGGUUCCCAAACUUAUCCCGUCCCCCACCAACCACUUGAUGGCCUUUAUGGACCAUUAAUGGUUUUUUUUCUGCCUGGUGUAGCAUUUGUGCUAGUUGCUGUCUGGUUUUAAUUGCAUUGUAUUGCUUCUUUUAUUUCUCAGAAUGUGUUUUAUUGCAGUUGCAACGGCGCAACAGCACUUUCUCACCCUGGCGCCGUUGUGCCCGCCCUCAAUUAAAUUUAGUGUGACUACCUCACGGUACACCAAUUACACAAAUUUUUACAAUUUACCACCGAUUAUCUAGUGGGGGACUUGUGUGAGGGAAAACUUAAAGAUUUAGAGUCUCAGGCAGGAGUUGAUCAAACAAGCACGAAAAGUAUUCUUAAACAAAGGAAGUUUAUGACACAAAGUGGGUCAGAAAACUUGUUCUUUCAGGUAGAAAUCAACUUAGUUACUUUAACUAGAAGAUGUCUCAGGCUUAAACACAAUGUUAUAGGUACAACUCUUUUUAAACUUCGGUUACUAAACAUCGGUUGGCACACUUCAGGUAGAUAAAUAUUCAGGUUACCAGAAGAGACGGUAAAAUGUCUGUCACUUAGAUAAUACAGUGGUACUUCAGGUUACAGACUCCGCUAACCCAGAAAUCGUACCUCGGGUUAAGAACUUUGCUUCAGGAUGAGAACAGUAAUCGCGCAGUGGCAGUGGGAGGCCCCAUUAGCUAAAGUGGUAUCUCAGGUUAAGAACAAUUUCAGGUUAAGAACGGACCUCCAGAACGAAUUAAAUUCUUAACCUGAGGUACCACUGUACAACACUUUCAACACUAUACUGCUUCCUUCACAGCUUAAUACUUUGGUUCAUGAGCAAGGGGCAUUUUCCCUCAGUUACCCCCUCUCUUAACAAUCCCACACCUGAGGUAUUAUAAAUGGUAUUACAGACCCAGAGGAUCCCCUCUCCCCUUGUCACUGGGUUGGGAGUCUUCAGUACCUAGAAGAAUUCUCCCCUCCUUGUUAGACUGACACCCGGGGCAGUGGCGAAGCUGCAUGCUCUGGCUUUGGGGGCGGAGAGCAGGCGGGGGCGUGGCUGGCGCGUGUCCCAGGGGUGUGGCAUGCCACCUGCGGGGGCGUGGUAUACGUCCCGGGGGCGUGGCGCACUGGCCACUGGGGCUUGACAUGUGUCCUGGGGGCGUGGCAUCCAGUGCGGUCAGGGGGUGUGGCAUGUGUCCAGGGGCGGCGAUGAUGGUACCCCCCCGAUGGUGCCAGGGGCGGUGCGCUCCCCUCGCCAGUGACCCUGGGAGCCUAAAUUCCCACAGGAUCUGUCUCUCCUGGUUCAGACUCAGCCCUCCCAGCACACUCCUGUUUGGACACCUUCCCCAGACCUUCAGCCUGGUCUCCCUAUCCGAGUUGUGAGGCUCUGUCCUCUCCCUAUGUGUAUCUCCUUUUCCCCUCAGAACCCCUUCACCCUCUCUCCCAAUCUGAAACCUGUCUAACCUUUCCAAACCAAUCAUAUCCCUCCCCUGGAACUCUGGCCAAUCAGAUGCCGUUGCCAGCCAACUGCUUGCUGGCAAACAACAACAACACUUGGUGACCCAAACUGGCCAGCAAACAAACUUUCCCAUCACAUAGUACAAUUUGCAUUCCAUGGAAUCCCAUAUCCACUGUCUCUUUUCCCUUAUGUCAGCCUGGCGGGCAGCAGAUUGGAGGAGGAACAUGCAAGUGAUGCUUUGAAGGGAGCGGAGGCCCACAAUGAUAUGCCCUCCUGCCACUGGCAUAACAUCAGAGAUGGGGAAGGCAACCUGGCCUCACCCCAUCUCUCCAGUCCAGGAGCUUCUCACUCAAAGAAGGGAGUUCUGCUUACCUUUUGUGACUCUGUUUUAUUUCCACCCCCUGCAGAGACAAGCUCCAUAACAGCUUUGCAAAAAUGAGCAAGCGCUUGCACAACCUGAAGGAGAAGUUACCUGCUGAGGUGGUUCAAGGGUACGACCUGGUGGUUGGGGCGUCGCUGGGCGUGGUGGACAAAAGUCUCAACACCAUCCGUGCCUUGCAUAGAAAGGUAUCGCCUGCCUCAGACGAGCUGGCGGAGGCUCUGUACACCAUUGUGGCACCUUACGCAGAUUCGGUCCUAGAGAAGGUGGGUCGGUACUCAAAUUCCCUGCAGCGUUCCCUCGUGGCCAAGGCCGAAGAGCUGAACCCCAAGCUGAACGAGAAGCUGAAGCAGCAGCUGGAAGACCUGAAAGAUCAGCUGGCCCCUUACGCUGAAGUUCUCCAGCAGGAACUGCAAGAAUUCCGGUCAUCCAUAGACCCCUACGUUGACCAGGUCCAGGAGAAGCUUGAGGAAGGAGUGGAGAGAGUCAACCAGAUUCUGCAGCCUUAUUUUAGCCGUAUUUUCAAGGCACUCCAAGAACGCGCUGAGAAGUUUAAGAAGUGGGUUGAAGCCCCUACCUUUCCCCCAAGUCAGUGAUGAUGGUGGUGAUUGUUUUGCACACCAUGGAGGAUGGAACCUUGGCCAACCCCAAGACAGACAGAAGAUGUGGUGGUCUCUUCUGUAGCUCAUAUCAUAAACCAGAUGUCCCUGUUGAUGUCUACACAUUGUUCCAGAUACGUGGUUCCAAUUUCUCAUUACAUAGUGGUAGUUUCUGCUGACUGGUUACAAGAUGGUGUCCGUGCCAUCACACCUAAGUCGAAGUAAAUGGCAUUUCUGUUUUAUUCUUUCGCCCAUAGUCCUUCUUGUUCACUCUUAGUACUCUGUAAACUUUGAUUCCCUUAAAAUAAACUCGAGUUAACCUUUUAA